GGGAAGGCAUUUAAGUUCAUAAGUGAGUCAAGGCAGGUUAGCGAAUACUUUUGGCAAUAUAGUGUAUUCCCACGGUGUUAAAAACACUGCUUCCUUCCUCUCAAGUUAAUAAGGUCAGACAUGCUUAAAGUUUCAACUUCGGAUAAACCUUUUUUGUCCUCAGACAUCACAGCUAACAAUGGAGAAGUGAUCUCAGCCAGCACAGAGAAAACACCUUUUGUCUACACGCCUGGGCAUGCCCCUUUAUACGAAACAAAAGUAUAGCACAUUUAUUCAUAAACUAGUGAAUUAGAGCCAAAAGAUGCCGCUGAGGGGCAAGUCUUUGUCUACUUUUGGUGUAGUUUGCAGGAAAAACAGAGCAGGGGACGGCUCCAGACAAAAAAUAACAGGGGGGCCGAGGUGGGGCCAUUAUUUUUUCAGGGGGGCACAUAAAUUGGCAAAAGAGAUACAGUUUUAAUGUUUUGAAUAUAUGAAUCUAAAAAAAUAUGUGUAUCAUGUCAAGGUCAUUGGCUGCUCAGCGGCCUGGCCACAACAGGGGCCAGGAGGAAAUCUACAGGGCCCCUGGCCCACCCUGGCCCCUGUCUAGAACCGCCCAUGAAACAGAGACGCUUCAUAGUGCUAUAGGCACAGAACUGCAGUGGACAGGUGGAGGACAGGGACGGCUGUGUUGACGUUGAAUAUGAAGUCUCUUAGAGUUGCGAUUUUAUUGCUGUGGUUAAGUCUGGUUGUAAUCACAGCAGACGAUGUAAUAAAACCCAAGAAUGAGGGUUUCAACCCUGAACAACCCUGCCAGCCUGACAUCCACAUGGUGCUGAGAGAAGUGAGUGUCCAGAUAGCAGAGCAGCAAGUGGAGCUCAGACAAACCAAAGAACAACUGCAGGCGGUGGAGAAGAGGGCAGAGGCCGUGGAGAGCAGAUUGAGAGCCAGUGAGAAGACGGUGGAGGAGCAGAGAGUUGCUAUCAAGGAGCUGAGGGAGAAGCAAAAGGAGCAGGCAUCAACUGUGGUAGCAGUAGGAGGCCGGUUGGAGGAGCUUAGAAGGGACAGAGAGGCCAGCAGGGUGUCUUUCUCCGCAGCACUAGGGGAUGGAUACUAUGGACCGCUCGAUGUCACCACCCCCCUCAUUUUCACAAAUGUCAUCACCAAUGUCGGAAAUGCUUACAAUGUAAACACAGGUGUGUUCACAGCCCCAGUGCGAGGCGUCUACCACUUUGUCCUCUUUGUGUUUGGAGAUGCCAGUUCAUCGACCCCAACAGGGGCCUCACUACAUCACAAUGGCAAACACGUCGUCGUUGCAUAUGCUGUCCAGGUGAAUCCCAAACAUGUUAAUCCCGCCAACGGGGCGUCUCUGCUGCUGGAGGUGGGAGAUGUUAUCCUAGUGAAGCUGUGGCACGGAGCCCAGGUGAGGGACACCGAAGAUCGCCACACCACCUUCUCUGGACACCUCCUCUUCACCUUGAGAUGA